AUGAAUUUUGAUAAUAUUCAUCGUAGUCUUGUUGAUAUGUUUAAUUUAGGAGAAAGUCAAUUAAAAACAUCAUUAUAUGAUUUUCGACAUCAACCGUUAGAUAUAAAUAAAUACAACACAUUUUUCGAAUAUGUGAAUAAAAAUGGACUUAAUUGUCACAGUACCAUCGUUUAUCUUUGCACUCAUCAUGCUGAUGCGAAUGAUAAUCAAAUGAUGAUAUUGAAGAAAAACAAAGAAACACCUGCAAUUUCACCAUCAUCACCAUCAGUACCAAAUUCAUUAAAUCCACAACAAAAGUGA